AGGGCCUGUCCGCCAGACAGAUCUAGCUCCUGCUUUGAGUGCGGAGUGCGGACAAGUGGCUGCGUCGGCCCAAUUCUAACUUGGCCCUCAGCUUCCCAGUCAUGGCAACUUCCACCACCUCACACAGGCCCAUCAAGGGGAUACUCAAAAACAAGAGUUCAACAUCUUCAGUUGAGGAUUCCACCCAACCAUCGGGAAGACCUGGCGCUCAGGAGUUGCAACGUAAGAAAUCGCAGAAGUGGGACGAAUCUAACAUACUAGCAACCCACUAUCCAUCCUACAAAGACUAUGACUUAAUGAAGACGAACGAGCCCGGCAAUCCCUACAUCAGUGUGCUACAUGACGGAGAAGACAACACGAGUGAAGUUCAAGGAAAGGAAGCCAUGACCGCUGCUGAUACCUUAGCGAAGAAGCUCGCAGCCAGUGACACCUUUGGGACCAGCUAUCAGGGUGAGGAGCAAGAAAGCAGCAGUGCGCAUAGCAGCAAAUUCUUCCUGGACAAACAAGAGCGACAACGGCAAUUUGAGUUGAAAAGAAAGUUACAUUACAACGAAGGACUGAACAUCAAAUUGGCCAGACAACUCAUAUUGGAGGAGCUCCAGUCUGAAGUAGAAGAAGAUGACAUCCAACCACAUCUCCAUUCAAGUUUUUGAAGAAAAGACUACUACAGAAGAAGCUCCGACAAUUUAACAUCUAGAAAUUCCAUCAUAGACGCAUAUAACAUCUGCGGUUGCCGCUGUCAUUGCCUAUCCAUUGCUGCUUCUUGCUUUUUAGAACCCAUGCUCUUAGUGUGGCACUACUUGUCCAUGUAACUGUGUGUGUUUAAUGGUCAUGCAGGAAUUAAAUGGUAAUGUUAGAAAACAUUAAACUGG